AUGGCUAUCAAGCUGGUGGCAAUCCUUCUUGUUGGGGUCCUCGCCGGAGCCCUCCCUGCCUUCGUGCUGGCCCAGAACUGCGGCUGCGCCGCGGGUCUGUGUUGCAGCCAAUAUGGGUAUUGCGGGACCGGGGAUGACUACUGUGGGACUGGGUGCCAGGCAGGCCCUUGCUAUUCGUCCGGAGGUAGUUCUGUCUCUGAUGUUGUGACGGAGGGUUUCUUCAAUGGGAUUAUUAGUCAAGCUGCUGGGAGUUGCGCCGGGAAGAACUUCUACUCGCGUAAUGCCUUCCUUGAGGCUGCCAGUUCGUAUUGUAACUUUGGCCAGGAUGGUUCCGCAGAUGACUCCAAGCGGGAAAUCGCUGCUUUCUUUGCUCAUGUCACGCAUGAGACUGGACACUUUUGUUACAUAGAAGAAAUAGAUGGUGCCUCUAAGGACUAUUGCGAUGAGAGCAACACACAGUACCCAUGUGUAGCUGGAAAGGGUUACUAUGGUCGUGGACCGCUUCAAAUAUCAUGGAACUACAAUUAUGGGCCGGCUGGACAGAGCAUAGGGUUUGAUGGCUUGAACAAUCCUGAAACGGUGGCUAAUGAUCCAGUAGUGUCCUUUAAAACAGCAUUUUGGUUCUGGAUGAAUAAUGUGCACUCUAUCAUAGGACAAGGAUUUGAAGCCACAAUUCGAGCCAUCAAUAGUAUGGAAUGUGGUGGAGGAAAUACCGCUGCUGUCAACGCACGUAUCGGAUAUUAUACAGAUUAUUGCAAUCAAUUUAGUGUUUCAACCGGUGACAAUCUUUCUUACAUGGUUGCAAAGCUGGUAGCAAUCCUCAUUGUCGGAGUCCUCGCCGGAGCCCUCCCGUGGCCGGUGCUGGCUCAGAACUACAGCUGCAACGCUGGCCUGUGUUGCAGCCAAUUUGGGUUCUGCGGCACCGGCGUUAGAUACUGUGGCGACGGCUGCCAAGCCGGUCCUUGCUAUUCACCGCCUAGUGGUGGAGGUGAUGGGGGUUGUAUUUCGGUCGCAGAUGUUGUGACGGAGGAUUUCUUCGAUGGGAUUAUUAACCAAGUAGAUGCGAGCUGCGCCGGGAAGAACUUCUACACUCGCCGCGCCUUCCUUGAUGCUCUCAACUCGUACCCUGAGUUUGGCCAGGGUGGUUAUGCUAACGACUCUAAGCGUGAGAUCGCUGCUUUCUUUGCUCAUGCCACCCACGAGACUGGAUGCUUUUGUUACAUCGAGGAAAUUGAUGGUCCCUCUAAGAACUACUGUGCUGAGGUUGCACGAUAUCCUUGUGUACCUGGGAAGGGUUAUUAUGGUCGCGGUCCCCUUCAGAUAACAUGGAACUUUAAUUAUGGACCAGCUGGAGAGAGCAUAGGGUUCAAUGGCUUAAACAAUCCUGAAAUUGUGGCUAAUGAUCCAGUUAUUUCAUUCAAAACAGCCUUUUGGUUUUGGAUGAAAAAUGUGCAUGAUAUCGUAAACAGAGGGUUUAGUGCAACGAUCCAUGCCAUCAAUGGCGCAGAAUGCAAUGGAGGAAACAGAGAUGCUGUCAACGCACGUGUCGAGUAUUACAAGGACUACUGCAAUCAACUUGGUGUUUUCCCUGGUGAUGAUCUUUCUUGCUAG